UGAAAUAGGCGAAUAAUAAAAGUGCACAGGAAAGCUGAGCUAUCCGUUAAAUCAGUACCUUACCAAUUUGUAUGACUCGGAAAAAACGAUAAAAGAUUUUUUAUUCGGUUACUACUCCACACUAUAUUUUUAUUUGCAACGAUGAGUUAGUAAAAGCUCGAGCGUCACCGAGGCAGAUCAAACUGUGCCAGCCAACUCGCGUGUGUGGGUGUGUGCCUCGUCGUCCUAGUCGACAACACUGGAUCGCGCGCGUGUCAGAAGGCUAUGCAUGAAGACCCGACGAAAAAUCUCAUCGGUAGCAGUAGUAGUAGUAGCAGCAGUAUCAACAUGUCGUUUCUGUUCGCGCGAGGUCCACCGAGGAGGGGCCCGAUCCUCUGCAUCGUGGCGCUGCUCUUCCUGCUCGUGCUUUAUCAACUCGGCAUCAUCUGUACCACGACCAAAGAGCCACCGAACGCAAUUAUGAUGCCUAAGGAUAAGUACGUUAUGGGAUCAGGCGACCAGAAAGUCUAUCCGUACGAUCGAAAUAUGCCUCUAAUCUUCAUCGGCGGUGUGCCUCGCUCGGGAACGACACUCAUGCGUGCCAUGCUGGAUGCUCAUCCAGAAGUUCGAUGCGGCCAAGAGACGAGAAUAAUUCCCAGGAUACUUCAAAUGCGAUCGCACUGGGUUAAAUCGGAAAGGGAGAGCGUAAGACUCGAGGAAGCCGGCGUCUCGAAAGAGGUGAUGGACAGCGCCAUAGCGGCAUUCUGCCUCGAGGUGAUCGCGAGACACGGCGAGCCUGCGCCACGACUCUGCAACAAGGACCCGCUCACCCUCAAAAUGGGCUCUUACGUGCUCGAUCUCUUCCCCAAUGCCAAAUUCUUAUUCAUGGUACGAGACGGCCGUGCUACCGUGCAUUCCAUCAUUUCGAGAAAGGUGACCAUAACAGGCUUCGAUCUGACAUCGUACCGUCAGUGCAUGAUCAAGUGGAAUCAAGCUAUAUUGAUGAUGCACAAGCAGUGCCGAGAGGUCGGACCCGAUCGCUGCCUCAUGGUGCCGUACGAACAGCUGGUGCUUCAUCCGCGCGAGUGGAUGCAGAAAAUUCUCGGCUUCCUCGACGUGCCCUGGAACGAGUCGGUGCUGCAUCACGAGGAGUUCAUUAACAAACCCGGUGGUGUUCCCCUCAGCAAGGUCGAGCGCUCGUCGGACCAAGUGAUCAAGCCGGUGAAUCUGGAGGCGUUGACCAAGUGGGUCGGCAACAUACCCGAGGACGUCGUGCACGACAUGGCCGAGCUAGCUCCGAUGCUGUCGAUCCUCAAUUACGAUCCUUACGCUAAUCCGCCGAAUUACGGCGCGCCGGACAAACUCGUCAGCGAGAACACGAGGAAGGUAUUGACCAACGGUCAGAGAUGGGACAAUAUGGCACGAGAGCUGGACCUCUUGCGAACGGUGACGUACCUGCCACCACAAAUCGCUAACAAUGCUAGCACCGACAACGAUGUCAAUAAUGCGUGACCUCGAUAAAAGUCGUCGUCAAAGUCAUCAUCGUCGUCGUCGUCGUCGACUGCCACAGUCACGUUGACCGAAUAGCCGUCGUCCUCAUCGAGCGUCAGAGCAACGAUUGACGCAAUGAUUUUCAUGCACGGCAACAGUGAUCGACCCAAAAGACUAUACACAAUCAUACGAAUCCUUAACUAUCUUCGAUCUCGGCCAGUCUAUAUAAAUAAACAUAAUGUUGCAAAGUAACUUUGCAAGAGGAUGUGCAAUUGCUUAAUUUGUGAACUUUUUGUGAUUCUUACGCGAGAGAACAGAGAUGCGGUGUGCAUAGGAAUAAACAAAUUUUCCAGAGAAUUAUACGAUUUUACUAAUGUGGUGUGACUACACGUGUAUAUAAUUUAUUGGAGAGUAGAGAGUGUGAUGAAUAUAUGAAGAAUCGUUGAUAAACGAUUGUAUUUACUACAUUCAUAAAAUGAUAUCUGCUGUACAGAGUAUGAAUACUGCUCAAAGUAUAUUGUUGUAUGAAAGAUAUAAUAUUUUAUGAUUAAAUUUGUUCUAUUGCUAAAACAAAGUUAUAAAUCGAGAAAACUAAAAACAAAACAAUAGUGUCUAUGUCUGCUUUAAAAGAUAGAUAUUGAUACUGACAAAGUACUGACUACGAAUGAGCGCCCUGGGUUUAACGCUAGUUUUUCCACAUAUAAAAUUCGUGUCUUUUCUUGUUUUAUUAAACAGACUGUCUAUUCGUAGUCUAAAGUAACCCAUAAUAUUUUUGUUUCGCGUAAGCGAACUUGUAUAAUACAUAGAUAUACAAUCAUGGGUUAAUUUUGACUGCGAAUUAACAGACUCUUUAUUUAAAUCGACAUUUCAGAUAGAAAACGAACCAUGUUCAAUUGGUAAUGUUACUUAAAACUUGAAAAUAUAAUGAUUUUAUAUAUUAGAUGAAAUAUGUUGAAAUGAAAAAAAGACAAAAAUUUGAGUAAAAAAAAAUUUUAAAAACUUUUUACUGAAGAAUUAACGUUAAAACUCACAUUCCUGGUCAUUCUCUUGAGAAUGCUUUUUUAAAAAAGUUUGAUGCAUUUGUGGUAUUGUGAUAACAACGUCCAUUGUUUUUGUUUCAAAUGUUGAAGAUUAGAUAUAAAAAAUAUGCAAUAUUAUUUAAUGAUUGUUUCUAAUGAAUGAAGUUAGGAAAAAAAGUUUAGCUAUGUGUAAAAUCUGAAUUUUUAAU